AUGUUCAUGGGAGGGAUACGCGCUGGCGUCCUCUGUACAGCGUCAAAAGAGCCGGUAGCUGCAGUACCAAGGGCUGAUUCAGCACGAGCGCGAAGAUUUUUGCGCCAUGCAGCGGCCUGGCUGUUGUAUCCCCUGACUCUCCCCCAGGAGGGGAUGCCCCUCAAAGCCAGAAAUUUCAAAACGGAGGCGGUGCGAACUGCACAGACAGAAACGUCCUGCACUCCCCAAUCAGCGCGCGCGGCUGCAGCGCUCAGGAAAAGGGUUUAUUCAACUUUUUCCGCGGCAGCGGCAGGAGGAGAAGAAGCGUCUGAGGAAAAAGAGGCAUUUGCAGAUACACCUGCAACAGCAGACGCGGCAAGCGAUGCGGCAGCGAAUGAGGACAUUUCAGAUAUUUGCACAGAGUAUGUACACCGCGGCGCAGAGGCUUCCCCUGGUGCUUCUGUUGGCAUUCUGCGUCUGAUCGUUCUGCUCUCUGGUACCGCUUGUGCCGAAGUUUGCUCACUCUCUGGUAGAAGGAAGCAUGCAAGCGGCGUACGGGAAGCAGCAACAUCCCAUACGACAAAAUUGAUGCGUGUGUCUUUGUGCCUCAGCGAUUACCCUUUUGUAGCGCCCCCCCGAAAUCUUGUCAUAGACGCGUCUGUGCGGAAGCAGCAGCAGGAGGAGCAGCGGCUGCAACAGCAGCUGCGCGUUGCUGCAUACACUGCGAAGCACUCCAACAGCAGCGAGGCGAGAAGCGGCAGUGGUGGCAAGCGAAUUUACGUGGCAACAGAGCUCUUGCAAGAAGAAGAACCUGACCUGGUAGUCAAAGGAACGGAGAUGGACAACAACUUCGAAGUGUAUCUUGACGCAUCGCUACAGCAGCGGGUUGAUCAAGAACCCGCAGCAGUGCAUACAGACUUGCUAGAAUAUGAUAAAAUGUAUUCUGGACUUGGCCCCUGGCCAGAAAAUGCAGCAGAAGAAAAAGGGAUGGAAAAUACAGUACCUUGUAGGAAGACUGUAAAGACAAUUGCGGAAGCUAUGGCUGAGGAGGCGAAGUGGUCAGAACGGGAAGAGCAGCCACGUGAAGAGUGGGUGUUGGAUGACGAUGAGGAGGCUUUGUUGAAUACUCAAGUUCGGGGCCCGUCGCCUGACAACAGCUUGUUUUUCCUCGACACCUCAUAUGCCUUUGCCAAUCCCCCCUCGCCCAUCGGUGCUGACAUGGGGCAGAUCGACGAUCCCCUCGAUGCUCCAUGGCGUCGCCGCGCUGAGGAAGUUAUUCGGCAAGUCGUUGCCUACGGCUGGCCUCCAAAGGUUCGUCGAUCAUUCAGCGGAUUCGCCUUGUUGGACUGCUCUUGGGAGCAGCACCGCUUACUGCUGCCAAUCCAGCAACAAGCGCUGCCGCAGUAUGAGACGAGUCCUCGGAUUGUGACUGCGCAGGAUCUAAAGCGAAUUUUAUUAAUGCUGAAGCACCGUCUGCAAGAUUUGGCAGACUUAGAGUCGCUCGCGCUGCUCGAGGGGAUCGACAUUCAAGUUGCUGCCGUCCCGCUGCCUGCGCAGCAGCAGGGAUGCCGUCCACGGCGUGAACUGUUGGGUCGGCGCGAGCUGACAAUGGCUGCAGGCUCUCGGGUGUCUAUACACCUCCACAGUGAAGAAGCGGCAGCCGCGGUGCAAACCCUGCCUCCAGCGGCAGCAGAAGCCGCACUUCAAGCCUGUGCGAGAAUGCAUGCGGCAACGGCAACAGCAGAGAACGCUCCCUUAGGGAGAGGCAUGCUGCAGUUGCUACAGCAACAACAGCAGCAGCUGCCGCAGCACCCGCUGCCGCCAAUCAAAGAAGACGAUGACAGAGAUUAUAUUCGACCCAUAGGCUCCUGCGAGUCUCCGCCCCCAGCAGCCACUACAGCAGCAAGGAAUGGCAGGGUACUGUCGCCAAACGCAGCCGCAGCUGCUGCCGGAGCCGCAGUUGCGGAUGCAGCUGCUGCAGCUCCGUCCUACGCAGUUGCUGCAGCAGCAAACCGCCUGCCUUCCGAGGCCAUUAAACCUUCCCUCUCGUUUCUCAAGCGGGCAGUUGCGAGCACGAGGCAAGGGCGGCAGCACGAUCGCCACGCACUGCAGCAGGAGUGCCUGCUUCUGGGAUCUCCUAAUGCCACUUGCAUCUUUUUUGCGCAAGGUGCCAACGUGUACUUGGCCUCAUUAGACAGCAUUGCUAAGGUAAGAAUUCUUACGACAUAUUCGUAA